AUGAUCGAACCAGACCACGUCACGGGACGUAUGGUGGCGCUUUUUGCGUCGGUGUUUGUGUCAUUAGUGGCUGGAACACCUUACUUAUACGGAGUUUAUGCUCCCCAACUUGUUCAGCGAGUAGGUUUGUCUACUUCAGAUGCUGCUACCAUUUCUCUUGCGGUUAACAUCGGAGCUGGGCUCGGUGGCUUGCCCGCAGGUUUAUUCAUUGACAAAUUCGGUCCUCAGAGAGCAAUUUGGUUAGGUUCAGCUUGUAUCUUCUCUGGUUAUUUCAGUCUCAAUAGAAUCUACUCGUUUCAAAUAGGAAGCUUGCUUUUGGUGUGUGUUGCCAUGGCUUUUGUUGGAUUUGGAUCGGUGACAAGCUUUUUUGCUGGGUUGAAAGCUGCCCAGGCAAAUUUUCCUCACCACAGAGGUACAGCUGGUGCACUUCCAGUAGGUGCUUACGGAUUGGCUGCUACACUUUUUUCGUUAAUUGCUGCUAAAUUUUUCAACGGUGAGAGCGGCAAGCUUUUGGCGUUUUUAGCAUAUUUCUGCGGCUCUGUGGCCUUUUUGGGGUCGUGGUUCAUUCACAUUUACGAUCCUGUCCCCAUCAACCUGGAAGAAGCCAUCCUACUUUCGGAUCUGGAAGAUUCCGGCCAUGCUCCCCGCAUGAAGCGGUCCUUUUCCUUAAGAGGCUCCUUCUCUUUCUGGGGAAUUGGUUCUCGCUCCCUGUCAAUGUCGCUGUUGACAAAAGAUCAAACUCCAUUCAUUGCAACUCCAAGUGACCAGCGAAUGAAGAACCUGACUUCGAUGUCCUCCAUGAAUCUGCAAUUUGCUGCCUCCCAAGAUGGUGGAUCCAGACUGGCAGAAUCUUCUCCCGUGUUAACGAGCCCUUCUACUUCGACACUCCAAGAAGUAUCCGAUCCCAAACCAGAAAGUGCGUGGAACACAAUCAAGUCACUUGUCUCCAACAGAACAUACUUGGCUCAUUACUGCAUUGUCAGUCUCUGCAGUGGAAUGGGCCAGAUGUACAUCUACACAGUGGGAUUUAUUGUCACCGCACAGUUUAACUACCACAACACUGCUGACGGUUCUCCAGCGUCCCUCCAGGCCGUGCAAGUGUCUACAAUUUCUAUUGCUCAGUUUUGCGGAAGAGUCAUUGCUGGUGUUCUGUCUGAUUAUCUUUAUAAAAGGCUUAAUGCCCAGAGACAGUGGGUGGUGUUAGGCACUAUUUUCUUGAUAUGCACAGGACAGUUACUACUUAUCCUGACUAAUAGCAUCCAUACCAUCACCAUCAUCUCACUACUUCUGGGUUGUGGUUACGGUCUUUUGAAUGGCACCUACCCUGCAAUCAUUGCCGACAGUUUUGGUGUUAAGUCCUUCACGACAGCUUGGGGUCUCAUUUGUUCCGGUCCAUUGGUGAUCUUGUUCACAUUAGACAAAUACUUUGGAAUAAUCUACGACAGCCAGUCCAACGAGUCUGGCCAAUGUUUCAAUGGCAAUGAUUGUUACAAGGGCGCCUUCCAGCUUGGGGUGUUGUUAAGCGCAUUCACGCUUGUGGGCACACUGGCUUUGAUGUAUACGAAAAGAAGGUCUACGAAGCCUCAAUUAUAG